CUCAUUUGUAAUUUCUGUUCUGAACUUUCUACUUCUACUUAAAUGGGCGAGAUCGUGAACAAUAUCGUUUUGUUAAUAAUUUUAACACUUGGGUCAACGACAUUUGCAACAAGACAAUGUGCAGCUGGGCCACAGUUUUGUACUAGAAAUGGUAUAAAUUAUCAACCUGGCGAUAGCGUUCCAAGCCUCGAUUCAUGCAAUACUUGUUGGUGUAAUGGCAAUGUAUCCCCACCUGCAAUCGUCUGUACCAAAAUAGGUUGUCCUUCUUAA